UGUUCGGGUUUGAACCGCGAGCCGACUUCCACGCUGCUCGCGGCGCGUGGAACACUGCUUACGCCCCCCGACCGACACGUUGAACAAAGAAAUCAAUUUAAACUCCUUUUUUCCACCCUUUUGACUUCCGGUGACAUCCCAGAACCCCUUGAUCCGCCUCCGGGAGCCGUUUUAGGGGCGACUUUUCCCACAUUUUAGGCUUUUGCGUCUCACGUGGAGCCCGAGCUGCAACGCCACCACCGCCACCUUCCUUCCCGGGACUCCUGCUAGCAUCAUUAGCCGAAGAAAAGAUGGCAAAGACGGCGACCUUGAUUUUGGAGGACGGGACGGCGUUUAGUGGUCGCCUUUUUGGCGCGAACGUGUCGGUGUCUGGAGAAGUUGUCUUCCAGACCGGCAUGGUGGGCUAUCCAGAAGCCCUCACCGACCCGUCCUACCGCUGCCAGCUGCUCACGCUGACCUACCCCCUGGUUGGCAACUACGGCGUUCCCAAGGACGAAGCAGGAGAGUUCGGACUCAGCCGGUGGUUCGAGUCGAGGAAGAUCCAGGCAGCCGCUCUGGUCAUUGGCGAACUGUCGGAGAACCCCAGUCACUGGAGCUCCGUCAAGUCUCUGGACGAGUGGCUCAAAGAGCACGGCGUUCCUGGACUCCAAGGGGUGGACACUCGCCGGCUGACCAAGAAGAUCAGAGAGAAGGGCACCAUGCUGGGGAAGCUGGUUGUGGACGGCACACCUGAAGACGGCGUUCCUCUUGACAACCCGGACCAGAGGAACCUGGUCCAGGAGGUGUCUAUGAAGGAGCCAAAGGUUUUCAACCCUGACGGGAGUUUACGGAUCACCGCGGUGGACUGCGGCAUCAAGUACAACCAGAUCCGCUGUUUGGCUCGCAGAGGAGCCCGCGUCACCGUCGUUCCCUGGGACCACCCGCUGGACGUGGACGAUUUUGACGGCUUGUUCAUCAGUAACGGACCCGGAGACCCGCGGUUCUGCCAGGCCACCAUCAGCAACAUCAGGAAGGUGGUCUGUGUGGAUCGGCCAAAGCCGGUGUUUGGAAUCUGCCUCGGCCAUCAGCUGCUGUCUCUGGUCAUCGGAGCGAGGACCUACAAGAUGAAGUACGGGAACCGAGGUCACAACCAGCCCUGCGUCCACACCGGGACGGGACGCUGCUUCAUCACCAGUCAGAACCACGGGUUCGCCGUCGACCCCGACACCUUACCGAAGGACUGGGACGUGCUGUUCACCAACGCCAACGACCACACCAACGAGGGCAUCGUGCACCGGACCAAACCCAUCUUCAGCGUCCAGUUCCACCCCGAGCACUCGGCCGGACCCACAGACCUGGUCAGCUUGUUUGACGUGUUCCUCCAAACUGUGAAAGACCACAAAGACGGGAACACCCAGAAAUCCGUGAAGCAGCGUCUGAUGGACCACCUCACCUACCCUGGUUCCCUGAAGCCCGAGGAUGUGAUCAGACCCAAGAAAGUUCUCAUCCUGGGUUCUGGAGGUCUGUCCAUCGGUCAGGCGGGCGAGUUCGACUACUCUGGAUCCCAGGCCAUUAAAGCCCUGAAGGAGGAGAACAUCCAGACGGUGCUGAUCAACCCCAACAUCGCCACGGUGCAGACCUCCAAGGGUCUGGCCGAUAAAGUCUACUUCCUUCCGAUCACGGCGGAGUACGUGACUCAGGUGAUCAAGAACGAGCGCCCUGAUGGCGUCCUGCUCACCUUCGGGGGUCAGACUGCCUUGAACUGUGGCGUGGAUCUGACCAAACUGGGCGUGUUGGAGAAAUACAAUGUCCGGGUUCUGGGGACCCCUGUGGCCUCCAUCGAGAUGACGGAGGACCGGAAGGUCUUUGUGGAGAAGAUGGAGGAGAUCAACGAGCACGUGGCUCCCAGCGAAGCCGCUCUGUCCGUGGAGCAGGCCGUGGCGGCUGCCGAGCGUUUGGGUUACCCCGUCCUGGUCCGUUCUGCGUUCGCUCUCGGAGGUCUGGGUUCAGGUUUCGCCAACACCCGAGAGGAGCUGACCUCCCUGGUGACGUCGGCCUUCGCCCACACCUCCCAGGUCCUGGUGGACAAGUCCCUGAAAGGCUGGAAGGAGAUCGAGUACGAGGUGGUCCGGGACGCCUACGACAACUGUGUGACCGUGUGCAACAUGGAGAACAUCGACCCGCUGGGCAUCCACACCGGGGAGUCCAUCGUGGUCGCUCCCAGCCAGACGCUCAACGACCACGAGUACAACAUGCUGAGGAACACGGCCAUCAAAGUGAUCCGGCACCUCGGCAUCGUGGGAGAGUGUAACAUCCAGUACGCUCUGAACCCCGAAUCGGACCAGUACUACAUCAUCGAGGUGAACGCCCGUCUGUCCCGUAGCUCCGCCUUGGCCAGUAAAGCCACCGGUUACCCUCUGGCCUACGUGGCGGCUAAACUGGGUCUGGGGAUCCCGCUGCCGCAGCUCAAGAACUCUGUCACCAACUCAACGACGGCCAACUUUGAGCCCAGUCUGGAUUACUGCGUGGUGAAGGUUCCUCGCUGGGAUCUCAGCAAGUUCCUCCGGGUUUCCACCAAGAUAGGGAGCUCCAUGAAGAGCGUCGGGGAGGUGAUGGCCAUCGGCCGCUGCUUUGAGGAGGCCUUCCAGAAAGCUCUGAGGAUGGUGGAUGAGAACUGCGUGGGCUUUGAUCACACCAUCAAGCCUGUUUCUGACAACGAGCUGCAGACGCCCACAGACAAACGCAUCUUCGUGCUGGCGGCGGCGCUCAAAGCCGGCUACACGGUGGACCAGCUGUACCAGCUCACCAAGAUCGACCGCUGGUUCCUGCAUAAGAUGAAGAACAUCUCCGACCACGAGCGACUUCUGGAGACCUACAACCAGGAUGAGAGCACCAUGCCUCCUGCGGUGAUGCUGAAGGCCAAGCAGCUGGGCUUCUCCGACAAGCAGAUAGCGCAGGCCGUGCAGAGCACCGAGCUGGCGGUCAGAAAGAUGCGCCGGGACUGGUCCAUACUGCCCGUGGUCAAGCAGAUCGACACGGUGGCGGCAGAGUGGCCCGCCUACACCAACUACCUGUACCUGACCUACCACGGUACGGAAAACGACCUGAGCUUUCAGGAGCCGCACGUCAUGGUGAUCGGCUCGGGCGUUUACCGCAUCGGCAGCAGCGUGGAGUUCGACUGGUGUGCGGUCGGAUGCAUCACAAAGCUCAGGAAGAUGGGUUUUAAGACCAUCAUGGUCAACUACAACCCAGAGACGGUCAGCACGGACUACGACAUGUGUGACCGCCUCUACUUCGACGAGAUCUCUUUUGAGGUGGUGAUGGACAUCUAUGAGAGGGAGAACCCAGAAGGGGUCAUCUUGUCCAUGGGGGGCCAGCUGCCCAACAACAUUGCCAUGGCUCUUCAUCGGCAGCAGUGUCGGAUCUUGGGAACGUCGCCGGAGUGCAUCGACGGCGCCGAGAACAGGUUCAAGUUCUCCAGGAUGCUGGACACCAUCGGCAUCAGCCAGCCUCAGUGGAAGGAGCUGUCUGACACAGAGUCGGCAGUAAAGUUCUGCGAGAUGGUCGGGUACCCCUGCCUGGUUCGGCCCUCCUACGUUCUUAGCGGAGCUGCCAUGAACGUGGCGUACAGCGACCGCGACCUGGAGAAAUACCUGAGCAGCGCUGUGGCCGUGUCCAAAGAACACCCCGUCGUCAUUUCCAAAUUCAUCCAGGAGGCCAAGGAGAUUGACGUAGAUGCGAUAGCCUGUGACGGCGUAGUGAUGGCCAUAGCCAUUUCUGAGCAUGUGGAGAACGCCGGCGUGCACUCGGGUGACGCCACCCUGGUGACGCCAGCACAGGACCUCAAUCAGAAGACCAUCGAGAGGAUCAUGGUGAUCGUGCAUGCCAUCGGGCUGGAGCUGCAGGUCACCGGACCCUUCAACCUGCAGCUCAUCGCCAAGGAUGACCAGCUGAAGGUGAUCGAAUGUAACGUCAGAGUUUCUCGCUCCUUCCCAUUCGUAUCCAAGACACUGGGGGUAGACCUGGUUGCCCUGGCAACCCAAACCAUCAUGGGGGAGGAGGUGGAGCCAGUGGGCCUAAUGAAAGGGAAAGGGAUCGUGGGAGUAAAGGUUCCCCAGUUCUCCUUCUCUCGGCUGGCCGGGGCAGACGUUGUGCUCGGCGUGGAGAUGACCAGCACCGGAGAGGUGGCGUGUUUUGGGGAGAACAGGUACGAAGCUUACCUCAAGGCCAUGCUCUCGACCGGCUUCAAAAUCCCCAAGAAGAACAUCCUGCUGUCCAUCGGCAGCUAUAAGAACAAGAACGAGCUCCUGUCCACGGUGCAGACUCUGGAGGCGCUGGGAUACGACCUGUACGCCAGCCUGGGAACGGCAGACUUCUACACCGAACACGGAGUCAAGAUAACCGCAGUGGACUGGCCGUUUGAGGAGGACGAGGUUGACGAGUGUCCCACCAAAGAGAAGCAGCGCAGCAUCAUGAACUACCUGGAGGAGAACCACUUCGACCUGGUCAUCAACCUGUCGAUGAGGAACAGUGGAGGCCGACGGCUCUCCUCCUUCGUCACCAAAGGCUACAGGACCAGACGCAUGGCGGUGGACUUCUCUGUGCCCCUCAUCAUCGACAUCAAAUGCACCAAGCUCUUCGUCCAGGCUCUGCGUCAGAUCGGACGCGCUCCUCCGGUGAAAACGCACAUCGACAGCAUGGCGUCGCAGACGCUGGUCCGUCUGCCGGGUUUGAUCGACGUCCACGUUCACCUCCGGGAGCCGGGCGCCACCCACAAGGAGGACUUUUCCUCGGGCACGGCGGCUGCUCUGGCAGGAGGCGUGACUCUCGUGUGCGCCAUGCCCAACACCAACCCCGCCAUCAUCGACGCUGCCACGCUGGCCACGGCGCAGAAGCUGGCCAGAGCGGGCUGCCGCUGUGACUACGCCCUGUAUGUGGGCGGCGCUUCAGACAACGCCACCCUCCUGCCGUCCAUCGCCAGCCAGACCGCCGGCCUGAAGCUGUACCUGAAUGACACCUACUCCACCCUGAAGAUGGACAACGUCUCUCUGUGGAUGGAGCACUUUGAGAAUUGGCCCAAGCAGAUGCCCAUCGCGGCUCACGCCGAGAAGCAGACGGUCGCCGCCAUCCUGAUGGUGGCCCAGCUCUACCAGCGGCCGGUCCACAUCUGCCACGUGGCCAGGAAGGAGGAGAUUCUGCUGAUCCGAGCGGCCAAGCAGAGGGGGCUCCAGGUCACGUGUGAGGUGGCGCCGCACCACCUCUUCCUGUGUGAGGAGAACGUGCCUGAGGUGGGAGAGGGGCGAGCACAGGUGCGCCCCAUGCUGGGGACGCGUGAGGACAUGGAGUCUCUGUGGGAGAACCUUGACAUCAUCGACUGCUUCGCCACGGACCACGCUCCUCACUCUGUGGAGGAGAAGAGCGGCGACCGCCCCCCACCUGGCUACCCCGGCCUGGAAACCAUGCUGCCGCUGCUGCUGACCGCCGUCGGCGACGGGCGGCUGACUCUGGACGACAUCGUCCGCCGUCUCUACGACAAUCCACGGAAAAUCUUCAACCUGCCCGUCCAGGAGAACACCUAUGUGGAGGUGGACCUGGAGCAGGAGUGGGUCAUUCCUCAGGCCAUGCAGUUCACCAAGUCCAAGUGGACACCUUUCCAGGGGCUGAAGGUGAAGGGGAAGGUCCUGCGCGUGGUCCUGCGGGGGGAGGUGGCUUACAUUGACGGACAGGUUUUGGUUCCUCCCGGUUAUGGUGAGGAUGUGAAGACCUGGCCCUCAGCCGCCGUCCAUCCGUCUGAGCCGCUGAAAGAAUCGCCGCUGGAGCUGAAGACUCCAGAGCGCCCGCGCCACACCCCCCCACGUGAGGCCACGGUCCGAACCCGAGCGCUGAGUCCACGCCGCACUCCGGCAGAACCCCGCUUCCUGCUGCAGCCCCGAAUCCACCGCGCCUCUGAUCCCGGCCUGGCACCAGAAAUGGUUGCGGCGCCGCCCGCUGGUGCUGCAGACGGUUACGGCCAUCCUCCUCCUUUGUCCCGGCUGCUCUCCCCCCAGUCUGUGCCGGGACCCGCAGCUCAGGUGUCCCACCUCCAGAUGUCUCCGCUGCUCCACCCUCUGGUGGGCCAGCACAUCCUUUCAGUCCGGCAGUUCAGCAAAGAGCAGAUUUCACAUUUGUUUAAUGUGGCUCAUACUUUGCGUUUGAUGGUCCAGAAAGAGAAAAGUCUGGAAAUCUUGAAGGGAAAGGUCAUGGCCUCCAUGUUCUAUGAGGUCAGCACUCGCACCAGCAGCUCCUUUGCAGCAGCCAUGCAGCGGUUGGGCGGCUCCGUCGUCCAUUUCAGCGAGUCCACUUCCUCCACCCAGAAGGGAGAGUCCCUGGCCGACUCGGUCCAGACCAUGAGCUGCUACGCCGAUGUGCUGGUGCUCCGUCACCCAACGCCAGGAGCCGUGGAGAAUGCAUCACGCCACUGCCGUAAGCCUGUGAUUAACGCUGGCGACGGCGUGGGUGAACAUCCCACCCAGGCCCUGCUGGACGUCUUCACCAUCAGAGAGGAGCUGGGAACAGUCAACGGCAUGACGAUCACCAUGGUGGGGGAUCUGAAACACGGACGCACGGUUCACUCCCUUGCCAAGCUGCUGACCCAGUACCGCAUCACUCUGCGCUAUGUGGCCCCGAAAAACCUCCACAUGCCUGCAGAGAUCAUCAACUACGUUGCCUCAAAGGGCAUCAAGCAGGAGGAGUUCGACAGCAUAGAGGAGGCGCUGCCCGAGACGGACGUCCUCUACAUGACGAGGAUCCAGAAGGAGAGAUUUGGUUCUGAGGAGGAGUACAAGGCCUGUUUUGGUCAGUUCAUCCUCACCCCCCACAUCAUGACGGUCGCCAAGAAGAAGAUGGUGGUCAUGCAUCCUCUGCCCAGAGUCAACGAGAUCAGUGCGGAGGUGGACACGGACCCGCGGGCGGCAUACUUCCGUCAGGCUGAGAACGGCAUGUACAUCCGGAUGGCCCUGCUGGCCACCGUUCUGGGCAGAUGAACCUGGAAGUUCUGUCUUUAAACAUCUGAAUUUUCCAUCUUUAGCUUGUGACUCUUUAGGUCCUAAAACUUUUUAAAAUGCUGCUGUAACACUAUACUGUCCUGUCUUUACUUGCAAUAAUGUUGUCAGAUCAUCAUCACUCAGCCUUUUGUAGAAAACUAAAGACUAAUGCUUUUCAGUCCAAGUAUUGAAAGCAGAGCAGAGAGUUGAAGCUGCUACGCCCGAUGGAUGCUGCAUGUGGUGCUCCUCCACAAUCAUGGGGACCAAAAGGGAGACGCUGUUAUUUUUACCUUAAGCAUGUUCUUUUACCUCAUGUCCUGAGCCAUAUUUUCUGUUUUUGUCAGUCCUUCUACUCAUCAUUGACUGAAGCAGUAUUUUGGAGGUUUUGCUGUUUUUUCAUUUCUUUAGUUUUCUGGAUUCAUAGUCAUAAAAGAUGUCAGAACUUUUAUUGUUUGAUACUAUGGAGAAAUAAAGACAAUCCAUAUUAGUUU